CACAGAUAAAAGUUAAUGUUUCAAGUCCAUAUGACAUCUUCAGAAUUGAACUUUGACUCACCUUUGUUUGACAUACUCAGACAGCAAAAGGAACAGGAAGAUCAGCCAGAUCAGCCUGAACCCACUAGUACUCUCGAACAACCUUUGCAGCAUAACCACACUGCUGCAGACCUUUAUUUGCAUCCGGACAGAUCCCCGCAGAGAAGAGGGUCCUGUACAGCGCAUGAAGUUCCCACACAGCAAGCAAAGAUUGAGACAUCAUCUGCUGGCCAGUCUCAGUUCCAGCUUCAGCAAAAACCUCAGAGAUUUACCUCACUUUCUCUCUUCUACAAAAAAUUGUAUCGAUUGGCAUAUCUUCGAUUGAUUAUGCUCUGCAACCAUCUUCGUCUGCCAUCUGACCAUCCUCCACUUGAAGCCAUCAUAUGGACUCUGUUUCAACAUACCUUAGGAAAUGAAUAUGAACUUAUGAGAGACAGACAUUUAGACCAGAUAAUGAUGUGUUCCAUGUAUGCCAUUUGCAAGGUGAAGAACAUAGACCUUAGGUUCAAGAUGAUUGUUACUGCCUACAAGGACUUGCCAAACACAAGUCAAGAGACCUUUAAACAUGUGCUGAUCAGAGAAGGGCAGUAUGAUUCCAUUAUAGGCUUCUACAACUUGGUGUUCAUGCAGAGGCUGAAAACCAAUAUCCUGCAGUAUGCUUCAACACGUCCACCAACGCUCUCACCAAUUCCUCAAGUUCCUCGAAGUACAUUUGGUUUUCCAAGUUCUCCACUGCGUGUGCCCGGUGGAAAUAACAUUUAUGUAUCUCCACUGAAAAGUCCAUACAAAACUGAUGGACUGCUCUCCCCGACAAAACUGACUCCAAGAACACGAAUAUUAGUGUCUAUUGGAGAGCCAUUUGGGUCACCAGAAAAAUUCCAAAAGAUCAACCAGUUGGUGAGUUCCAGUGAUCGUCACCUUAAGAGGGCUGGAGAUGCAGGGAGUCUGCCAAAACCCCUCAAGAGGCUUCGCUUUGAUAUGGAUGGUCAAGAUGAGACGGAUGGCAGCAAGCACUUGUCUGGGGAGUCCAAACUACUGCAGCAAAAGAUUGCUGAAAUGACAUCCACAAGAAAUAAAAUGCAAGAACAGAAGCUGAAAGAUGGGGAUGGUGGUAUGAAAAAGGAGGAAAGCUGAGCCCCUCAUCUAUCUCAGUAAUGUGUCUCCAGUGCAUAUGAGCAUAAUCGCCAGUAGCAGAAUCAUCUUCAUGUUGAUUUACAUUCAUUCUUUUUCCCAGAUUUUGUUUUAUAUGGAGUUUAUUUCCUUUUACAAUCUGCAGUUAAUUAGUUUGUCAUUUUAGAGAAUUGUUUUGCCAAACGCUAUGCCUUUAAAGUCAUAUUUUCCUCUAACUGUGAAGCUUCAUAAAAUGUUUGAUUAAAUAACAGAGCAGGCCUGAUCAAAGAAAUUAUCUUGCUUUCCUUCUAAUUUUUACCACUACUAAGUAUUUACAAAAAUGACCAGUGGAAAAAUCUGAAUUCAUAAGCUUCAACUAAAGGCCAUUGAACACACCAGAUCUGCACCGAGUAUAUUAGCUGAUCCUCAACAACUAUCCUCAAUCUUCAGCUCCACUCACCUGUGCUUCCUUUCUCUGGCAUUUCUAAUGUGAUUUGCAUUAGUAUACUUAUUUCAGUACAGUAUUACUUGCUUCAUCCUCAGUAUUUAACACAGGAACUUUUAGCAUUACAACUCCCACUUUUAAAUUCGAUACUUUGACAUGUCCUUCAUUUGUUUCUUAAGCUCAAGAUGUGCUACUCUGUUCAAAUUGCAGAUGUCCUGCUGGGUCCUUGUACCAGAGACUGUGCACAGCUACACUUUUGUAUCUAACUGGAAAUUGAGCCUGUUCUGUUCUAAAUAUUUCUUAAACAUGUUCAUCAGGAUCAUGUAUCAUAAUCAGCAAAGUGGAAUUUCAUCAAAGUUGAUAAGUUUUGUGUAAUCUACAGUUAGAUGCACAGAAUGUUUGUCAGGUGAGAUCUAGGAGAUUGUUGGAGCUAUAUUCAAGUUGGUAAUUUUUACAAGUUCUAGUAUCAAUUCCACAUUAAAUGAAAUAAUCUGCAUGUCAUCUUGAUUGGUCUGUUUUUAAGAAAAUGAAGGCAGUUAACAGUUUUUUAAGGAGGAAAAUAUGGCCCAAAAUAUGUAGCAUUUGCACAAAAUACAUGCAAUUUCAAUUUUAUUAAUGUUUUAUUUAUGUCUAAGAUUUUACUUUUACAAACUAGAAAUAAGUUUGUCUUUAGUUGAAUUGUCUUCAAGCAAAUGUGCCUGCCAGUUUUGGUUCUAGUAUUGAUGCAAGUGUUGUAAGUAAGUUUCCAGCAAGUCAUAUGAAAAAUCUGGCAUUUAUAAUACUUUUCACAACCUUAGGCGUCUUACAUCCAGUGUACUUAUAUAGUUUAAUGCAGGAAAUAUGGCAGAAAAUUUGCAUAUAGCAAUUAAAUAAAUGACUGAAGAUGAUCAAUGUUAAAAGUUGAUUGAGGGAUCAAAAUGGGCUAAGUCACAAGGAGGACUUUCUGAUUAUCUCCUCUGAAUAGGACCAUAGGAUCUUUUCCCUUCACCCGACACGACAGACAGAAACUCUGGCUAUGCAGUGCUUAGUCAAUGAAGUCCCAGCCUAGUUUAUAUGCUCAAGUCUGUGGAUUGGGCCUUGAACUGACAGCAUUCUGGCCCAAAAGGUUAGAAGAGUGCUACACUAGAGUCAAAGCUGAUAUCUUUCAAGUGUAAAUGAUUUGGCAAACUGCACUAUUGAUUUUGAUUUGUGCAUUGAAACAGUACCAAAUGUUGUUUUUCAGAGGUAUAAACAGAUGAACUAUUUAAGUUUGCAGGGGUCAUUAGCAUGUUACCAGCAUUAUGAAUGACGGAAUGAAUACUAAGCCAUUUUGCUGAAUUUUGGCUUAUAUACCACAGACUACUAAAUCAAAAUUUUGAUGAACAAAUUAUGAAGUACAAUCUGUGUUGUAUUUAUAGUAAAUGUUUAAAUUGCCCUAUGGACAGGCAGUAUGAAUAACACUGACAUUUAGUUGGGAUAACUGUAUUAAUGUUGGAUUGUUUCAUACUUGUGAUAGUUGCCUGAGAGAACUUGGAAACUGUUCCUGUCUAUAAAAAGCUCAACAACAUUCAUGCAUGGAUAUCAGUAUUCAUUGAAUUUAAAUAGUUAAUCAAUAUACAGAUCAAACACCUCUCCAUCUUUGAGUAAAAAGGUACAGGUCUGUACUUGUUAUUUGUUUAGCAAACAAUCUAUUUGACUGCACAUUAAGGUACUGUUUUUAUAUUUUAUAUAUAGUCAAUAAAAAUCUGCAACAUG